AUGGCUUUCUUCCUCUGCACCACAUCUCCUGCGCUUUUGACCACGUCCGACUUGCGGACCGUCGAACCCUCUCCUUCUUCCUCACUCUUCUAUUUCUUGUACAAGUGGGCUUUCCAGGAUACGUCGAUACAAACGACAAUCCCGACAUGCACAAGACUGCCAAUUGUGAUCACCUCUUUCGACACAACGACGAAUAGUACGAGGGGCUCUCCACCCUAUUACAUGAUUGCGUUCCCCGAUGGAGGCACGCCGACGACGACGUUGAUUGGGACGAGUGAUCAGGACGCGAGCUACACAGUUAGGCACCCUGUCGGGACACGCAUACUUUUGAGCGUCGUCGAUUCAGAUGGGAACCCUGGAGGAACGUUUGCCCCCCAGAUGGUCAUUGCUGGCUCCAACGAGGACUGCGUCGUCAACCCGACCAACACCUUCACGAUGGUUUCAAACGUCACCUCCGAGCUAUCAACGUGCGAGCAACUUGGAAUAGGAAUUUCCGGUGGCACGGCACCAUAUCAGAUAUCCCUUGUAGCAGCGAAUGCGCCGUCGGUUACAAACGACACGCUUGGGGCCGGCCACAACGUGUAUACCUAUGUCAAUAGGGCCGCGCCUGGUGGUCAACUGCUGGCUGCUAUUAGCGACGCAGAUGGACGAUGGGCUUCAGGUUCUGUAUUGCUCAGCACGAAAGGCUCGACUGAUACGUCUUGUCCGGGACUUCUGAGUUCGAGCAGUCAAGGCGCCGUCACCCCACCUUCCAGUCCCAAUAGCUCCACCGGCGUCUCCGGCCAAUCCAGUUCCACAGGCAAUCCGGGCUCAAGCGCCUCUCAAACUUCCACGUCCCCACCAUCCUCUUCGCAAACCAACGGGACCGGAAACGACGGGCAGAAUUCGAACCAGACGGGUGGAUCGCUGCUCGGGAAAGAUACUAACAUCGUAAUGGGUGCCAUAGUGUGGUUGCUUGUUGGCGCUGUAUUGCCUCUCUUGUAG